ACGGCGACAUCCUGGUCCAACUUAACCAACCGCCCGCCUCGUCUUGCAGCUCUUGGCGCCGUAGGUCACAUCCACCAUCCAUCUUCAAGGAGCUGAGAGGUAGAGCUCUCCACCUUUUCGCUCUUCUCGGUCUUCUUUUUCUUUUUACUCCGUUAUUCCUGUUUCUUCUCACCUACCUCUCACCUUCACCACCAUCACUAUCCGUUAUCAUUUUGUUGGUCGCAGACCUUCUUACCUCACCUCUACUUCACUGAGACACAUAGAAGAUUAAGAAGAAGGUAUUUUGACAAGAUGAUGUUCGCAAUCUUCUUCGCCUUUUGGCGAUUUAUGCAAAUAAUCACAUUGAUCCCAACAAUGGGCAUGUUGGCCUAUUUCGUCAAUGGCUAUGUGCAGUUGAACGAGUUGACACCCAACUACAUUCUGGUCCUAUUCAUCGUAUCAGUCCUCGCCCUCGCCUGGUCAAUCUACACCUUGUUUAGCUACCACCGCUCGUCCGCGAACGCAACUUUCGUCGCAAUCUUCGACCUGCUAUUCGUCGGAGCCUUCAUCGGCGCCGUAUGGGCUCUGCGCUUCAUUGCUAACGCUAAUUGCUCAAGCAUCACCCGCGGCGACCCCUACGAUGUUAGUUUCGGUCCCUUCGGUAGCGCCUCCGUCACAACUUGGGAUGCCGACAUCGACAAGACCUGCGCUAUGCUCAAGGCGUCUUUCGCUUUCGGUAUUAUGAAUUGCAUCUUCUUUUUCAUCACCUCGAUCCUAGCUUGCUUGCAUGGCGACCGAACUAGCAAUGGUGACCGCACCACAUACUACCGCGAGACCCAUACCCACCGCCACGGACACCGCAACAGCCGAAGCCCACAUAGCAGGCAUAGUACCCAUUCUCACCGCCGCGUCUACGUUUAAACGUGAGCAAUUGGGGUUCUGCUGCCAUCGCAAGCAGCUUAUAUAGAGGAAUUAUUCGAAAUUGUCGGUAUGGAAAGGGGGAUUUAUAAGAGGUAUCGGCGUUGGUUGGUUUGACUGGAGAUCUGAAAUUGCUUGUUCAACUACCCCUAUUGUUUGAGCUUUAGUUGGGAUUGGAACGAAGCUAGUCGGAUUUGAGAUGAGAUGAGACAAGAUGAAAUGUCAGUUAUUGUUCGAGGACUUGUCUGAUGGAACGAACGAGAUCGUAUACCCUUCGAUUUAGCACGGCGCAAAUUUCGAUUCGCGACGAUUACGAAUUUUACGAUUAAAACGGCGAUGCUUUUAAUGAUCUUCGAAUGUGCCCCUGUGUGGAUUUGAGUGCUUCAUGAAUGAUGGUGCUUUUAUCGCUUUGCAGGUCGAUUCAUGUCAGUACAGCGUAUGACUGUUUUGGUUCUGUGUGACUGGGAUAUAGGUGAAAAGA